AACUGAACAAGUUCUCCGUUUACUUCAUAAAAAUAGGUGAAACUGUACCAAAGGAAGAAUGGAUUCCUCCCUUCGAUUACAGUGAAGGAGAUACUUUCUCAAAACAAUCUUUGAUGGACUCUGCUCGUCUGUCAAGCAGCCAGAUUUUGCCAGAAUCGUCCAUUUUUAAUACUCCCUGUUAUGACUUGAAUGAGUCUCUUCAAAGCUGUGAGGAUAUUAGCGACUUAGACAGACAAUUAGACAUUAUGAGACAACCGUUUCCACGGCUCUCACUGGAAAAUACUAUGUCUAUGCAAGCUGAAAAUGAGAAAGUGAGAGACAUGGAUGAGAAUUAUGAAGCUGAAAUGGUCAAACUAAAGGAAGAAUUGUUUUUUUCUGAGGAACAAAUCCUUAUACUUCACCAGGAUAUGGAAACAAUUACUCAAGAGUUAAAGUUACAAAAGGAAAGAAACGAGGAGUUAUCAAACAUGUUGAUAACAGAGAACAAAAAAAAGAAAACACACGAAACAAAAGCAGAAUGUUGCAUGCAAGAUCUCUACAAUUUCAAAAGGAUCAUGAAUGAAUGCUUAGCGCUUUUAAAUCAAAAAAUGUCAGAAGAAAUUAACGCAAAUUUUAAUUCACCUAAAUCUUUACCUGAAGUCAACCCAGAAAUUGCGGGACAGUUGAACCACAUCACCGGCAAAGUGCUAAAAGAAACGUUGAGUUCAGAAGAUAUUCAGAAUCAAAUUUUCAUGUUGUUUGCCCAUCUUCAAAGACUGUCGCGGUUUCACAUUGUGCAAGAGCAAAAGAUUGCUGCAGUCUCCUCAGAAAGAGAUUCUGCAGAUGAAAAAAUUAUAUCAUUGCAGAAUGAACUAUGCAAUUUAAAUACAAGCCAUGCAGCUAAAGACCAGGCUUUGCAAGCAUCAAUACUUGAGAAGUUGCAACAUUUAAAGACAGAAGGUUUGCAGGAAUCAUUACGGAAAUGCAAUAUCCAAAAUAACAUUAUAGAACUUUGCGAUCAGCUUAUAAAUUUGUCGGAAAAAUGUGAUCUGCAAGAGCAAAAAAUUGCAGCAGUUACGGAUGAAAGAGACUCUGCAGUUGAAAAAAAUAUAUCAUUUCAGGAUGAACUAUGUCAUUUAAAUGCAAGCUAUGCAGCGAAAGAUCAGGCUUUGCAAGCAUCAAUAGAUGAGAAGUUGCAACAUUUAAAGAUAGAAGGUUUGCAGGAAUCAUUACGGGAAAACAAUAUCCAAAAUAAUAUUAUAAAACUCUGUGAUUGGCUUAUAAAAUUGUUCGAAGAAUGUGACCUGAAAGACCAAAAAAUUUUAGAACUUUCGAAAGAAAAAGAUUCUGCAGAUGAAAAAUUUAUAUCAUUGCAGAAUGAGCUAUGCAAUUUGGAAGCAAGACAUGCAGCUAAAGAUCAGGCUUUGCAAGCAAUAUCCAAAAUAAUAUUUUAAAACUCUGUGAUCAGUUUAUAAAUUUGUCGGGAAAAUGUGAUCUGCAAGAACAAAAAAUUGCUAAACUUUCGAAAGAAAAAGAUUCUGCAGUUGAAAAAAGUAUGUCAUUACAGAAAGAUAUAUGCAAUGUAAAUAAAAAGCAUGCAGCCGAAGAUCAAGCUUUACGAACAGCAUUAGUAGAGAAGCUGCAACACUUGAACAUACCUUUUUUCAAUGAAUUAUCAAGUGUAAGUGAUGUUAAAAACAAUAUCAUGAAGCUGUGUGAUCUGCUUUCAAGUUUGUCGAAAAAAUGUGACCAAAAAGACCAAAGAAUUGCACAAAUUUCGAGAGAAUUAGAUUCUCAAUACGAAAGUAAUACGUCGUUACGAAAAGAAAUAUGCAAUUUAAAUGAAAGCUAUGCAGCUAAAGAACGGGCAAUGAAAGCAUCAUCAAUUGAUAAAGCAUGUGCACAAAUUGCAAGACUUGUUGAGAGUUGGGAUGAAUAGGCCACUGAGUGAAUGCAAUUUUAAAAAUUAAGUUUUGAAGUUGUGCAAUCAGCUUAUAAGUUUGUCUAAAAGAAUUGAUCUGUAAGACCAAACAAUUGUAAAAUUUGUAAAAAUAAUAGAAACUGCAUGGAUGCUUGUUGUUAGUUAUAAUUAAUGUGUUUUAUUCUGGUUGGAUUGCUAUAAAUGAAUAAAGUUAAUGUUAUAAAAA